AUGGAAAAGGAUUGGAAUCGUCCGUUGUGCAUAGAAGAUCCAUUCGAUCUACACCAUAACUUGGGAUCAGGUGUCUCGAGGAAAAUGUUUGUAUUCAUCGUUCGCAACAUUCACAAGUCUCGUAAGCUGUUCAUGUUGUCGGAUGUUCGGUCAAAGUUCCUCGAAGGAAAGAAACACACAGUUGACCAGGAAAUGCCCCUCAUGUUCUGUGAUGCCUACGCGGCGACUCUAUUAAGAGAGUGUCAGAUGGGUGCAGCACCGACCGAUCGUCAAUGCCGCAUAUGCCAUCGUAUUGGGCACUUUGCAGAAUCGUGUCAG